CCACUUCCGCUUCCGGCGCGGCAGCGCGUGUGAGGCGCGCGGCGAUGCGGCCGCUGACGGAGGCGGAGACGCGGGCGGUGUUCGAGAAGCUCGGGAGAUACAUUGGCGAGAACAUCCAGUUGCUGGUGGACCGGCCCGAUGGCACCUACUGCUUCCGUCUGCACCGUGACCGUGUCUACUACGUGAGCGAGAAGCUGCUGAAGGGUGCUGCAAGCAUCCCACGGGACAGCCUGGUGGCACUGGGCACCUGCUUUGGCAAGUUCACCAAGACACAGAAGUUCCGGCUCAGCGUCACUGCCCUGGACUUCCUUGCUCCCUAUGCCAAGUAUAAAGUGUGGGUGAAGCCAGGCUCAGAGCAGUCCUUCCUCUAUGGCAACCAUGUGCUGAAGUCUGGCUUGGGCCGCAUCACGGAGAACACAGCACAGUACCAGGGCGUGGUGGUGUACUCCAUGGCUGACAUCCCACUGGGAUUUGGAGUAGCUGCAAAAUCUACCCAGGACUGCCGGAAGGUGGAUCCCAUGGCCAUUGUGGUGUUUCACCAGGCGGAUGUUGGGGAGUACGUGCGCAGUGAGGACACACUGACUUAGGGCAGCACAAAUGCACAGGAGCCACAAGCACACCUGGACUGAAUGGGCUUGUCCUGCAUCAUGCAUGGUAGCAGCACACAGAGCCACGGGAGCACACCCCAAGCAGGGAGCAGGAGCUGGGAGCAGUUACUGCUACUGUGAGCACAAGAAGGCACUAGCCCUGCUGUUGUGCUUGUAUAAAGCCUGUUCCUUCUUUUUAA